UGCGCACGCGCACCGCACCCGCGCGCCGCCGUGGUCACGUGGCCCCGCCGGGGGCUCGGGAAGCCGGAAGUGUCCCGAGGCGCCAGGAGGCCGGUGCCCGCUGGGGUGCUGCGGAGCGCCGGGACCCCGCGCGUGUAACAAGAGGACCGCCUGCCCAAGCCGAGAUGCAGAGCACUUCUAAUCACCUCUGGCUCUUGUCGGAUAUUUUAGGCCAAGGAGCUACUGCAAAUGUCUUUCGAGGAAGACAUAAGAAAACUGGUGACUUGUUUGCUAUCAAAGUGUUUAAUAACAUAAGCUUCCUUCGUCCAGUGGAUGUUCAAAUGAGAGAAUUUGAAGUGUUAAAAAAACUCAAUCACAAAAAUAUUGUCAAAUUAUUUGCUAUUGAAGAGGAGACAACAACAAGGCAUAAAGUACUUGUUAUGGAAUUCUGUCCAUGUGGGAGUUUAUACACUGUCCUAGAGGAGCCGUCUAAUGCCUAUGGACUGCCAGAGUCUGAAUUUCUGAUUGUUUUGCGAGAUGUGGUGGGUGGAAUGAAUCAUCUCCGAGAGAAUGGCAUAGUGCACCGUGACAUCAAGCCAGGAAAUAUCAUGCGUGUGAUAGGGGAAGACGGCCAGUCUGUGUACAAACUCACAGAUUUCGGUGCAGCUAGAGAAUUAGAAGAUGAUGAGCAGUUUGUUUCUCUGUAUGGCACAGAAGAAUACUUGCAUCCUGAUAUGUAUGAGCGAGCCGUGCUGCGGAAAGACCAUCAGAAGAAGUAUGGAGCCACGGUCGACCUUUGGAGCAUCGGGGUAACGUUUUACCACGCAGCCACCGGGUCACUGCCGUUCAGACCGUUUGAAGGGCCACGCAGGAAUAAGGAAGUGAUGUAUAAAAUACUUACUGGAAAGCCUUCUGGCGCAAUAUCUGGAGUACAGAAAGCAGAGAAUGGCCCGAUCGACUGGAGUGGGGACAUGCCUGUGUCCUGCAGUCUUUCACGGGGUCUUCAGGUUCUGCUCACCCCUGUUCUGGCAAACAUCCUCGAGGCAGACCAGGAGAAGUGUUGGGGUUUUGACCAGUUUUUUGCAGAAACUAGUGAUAUUCUUCACCGAAUGAUAAUUCAUGUUUUUUCACUACAACAAAUGACAGCUCAUAAGAUUUAUAUUCAUAGCUAUAAUACUGCUGCUGUAUUUCAUGAACUGGUGUAUAAACAAACCAAAAUUAUUUCUUCAAAUCAAGAACUUAUCUAUGAAGGACGACGCUUAGUUCUAGAACCUGGAAGACUGGCACAGCAUUUGCCCAAAACGACUGAGGACAAUCCCAUCUUCGUAGUAAGCCAAGAGCCUCUGAGUGCUGUGGGACUGAUAUAUGAAAAAAUUUCCCUCCCUAAAGUGCAUCCCCGUUAUGAUUUAGAUGGGGAUGCCAGCAUGGCGAAGGCAAUAACAGGAGUUGUGUGUUAUGCCUGUAGAGUUACCAGUACGUUGCUGCUUUAUCAAGAAUUAAUGCGAAAGGGGAUACGAUGGUUGAUAGAAUUAGUUAAAGAUGAUUAUAAUGAAACUGUUCACAAAAAGACAGAAGUUGUGAUCACAUUGGAUUUCUGCAUCAGAAACAUUGAAAAAACUAUGAAAGUAUAUGAAAAGUUGAUAGAAAUCAACCUAGAAGCAGCAGAGUUAGGUGAAAUUUCAGACAUACACACCAAAUUGUUGAGACUUUCCAGUUCUCAGGGAACAAUAGAAACCAGUCUUCAGGAUAUCGAAAGCAAAUUAUCUCCGAGUGGCCUGCUGACAGACGCCUGGGCCCAUCAAGAAGGCACUCAUCCAAAAGACAGACACGUAGAAAAGCUACAAGUCCUGUUAAGUUGCAUCACAGAGAUUUACUAUCAGUUCAAAAAAGACAAAGCAGAACGUAGACUAGCUUAUAAUGAAGAACAAAUUCACAAAUUUGAUAAACAAAAACUGUAUUACCAUGCGACAAAAGCUAUGACCCACUUUACGGAUGAAUGUGUUAAAAAGUAUGAGGUGUUUUUGGAUAAGUCAGAAGAAUGGAUGCGAAAGAUGCUUCAUCUCAGGAAACAGUUACUAGCCCUGACGAAUCAGUGUUUUGACAUUGAAGAAGAAGUUUCAAAGUACCAAGACUACACCAGUGAGUUACAAGAAACGUUGCCUCAGAAAAUGUUUGCGGCCUCCAGUGGAAUGAAACAUGCCAUGACCCCGGUUUAUCCAUGUUCUAACACUUUAGUGGAAAUGACUCUAGGCAUGAAGAAAUUAAAAGAAGAAAUGGAAGGAGUAGUUAAGGAACUUGCUGAAAAUAAUCAUAUUUUAGAAAGGUUUGGCGCUUUAACCAUGGAUGGCGGCCUUCGCAAUGUUGACUGUCUUUAACUUUCUAAGAAGUUUGAGAAGAGUUGCAGUUUGCACAAGAAAAUAAUGUGAGGCGUUAAAUGAUUGCCUCUAUUGGUAGUCCCUUGUUUCUACAAUUCAGUAUUUGAUGGGUUGUGUAAAUAUGUACAAUAUUGUAAAUAUAUUAAAAAAUAUAUAAAUUUUUGGCUGCUGUUAAGAGUACUUUUAACAUUUAUAAUUAUCUGAGGACGUUUGCCCUCAGCAAGCACUAGAAGAAAGCCAUGUCCAACUGAUGCGUUGAGAUCCUGACCCCCUGCUCUUCUGAGGAAGGCCGACUGAGUCAGGCGUCUCUGACUGCCGACUGGAAACAUUUUUAAGUGGAACCACAACAGGCUUCCUUACAAAUCAGAAAGCCUGAGAGUUGACAGGCUUCUAAGCGGAGAGGCAGCUUCUGUGGGUGGGGACAGAACCGAACCGCUGUUGUACUGUGAUCCCAGUUUUUUUGAAAAGGAUGAAGUAGCAUUAUUUAUUCCAUCUUACAAGGUGCCCAGAUCCCAGUUAUCCUCAUAUCUGUUUACUUUCAGAUAAAUUAUCGAUCAAAAUUUUUAAAGUGAUUUAAUUAUUAAAAACUACUCACUUUUAUUUUGGCCAUAAAUGUAUAAUUGUCAUAAAAAUUUUAGGGUAAUUUCAACUGUUUUAAGCUGUAUAUUUCUUCUUUAAUUCUGCUUACUACUUCAUGAAAAAAUGUCAAUAAAUUUCUGAUUUUAAUGUAAAGACUGUACUUUUCUGCCUGUAACAGUUUGAGAAACGAAGGUUACUUUUGAAAGAAAGAAUAUGGGUGGUGAUGGUAAGUUAUUCUUGGAGUAUUGGAUGUGGAGACAGGCCUCUGUCUCUUCUGAAGUCACUGAUUCCGAGUUUGGUGGAAGUUCUUUCAUAAAUUUGUGCCAUCCCAAUUCAAAGACUUUCUCUUUGAAAAAUCUACACAGAAUUCUAGACUAACAGGUUAUGCCCAGCAAGAAACUACUUCAUCUAACAAGGGUUUGUUUUGGUUUUGGUUUCUGACUUAUGAGACUGUUGACGUGUGGUUACACACAGCCUGUGUAUCAUGAAGGUAACGUGGCCUAAAGAGUCAAUAAACUUGACUACCAUGAACAUUGGAAAACUGGAAAUGGAUUAGGAUUUUAUUUGAAAUCUCGGGUUGAUUUAUUGUCGUGGGGCAUUUUAAGUGUCUCAUGGACGCAUUAUAGAAAUAAGUGCAUGAGGGAAUGACUUAGAGAAAUAAGGUCAUCCCUGUCAGGUCUCCUGUGUCGUCUGACAGUGUGGGGCCGCGGACUCUUUAUAAACCUCUUGAUUUUAAUUUCCCAUUUGACUGUCUCACAUAUGUCCUUAAUUGUAUACUUUAAAUGUUUUUAUCAUGUUUAUGUGAACAGUAGGUAAAAUUUUACUUAAAUUCUGUGAUCAGUUAAUAUAUUUGCAGAUUUAGUUUUUAUUGCAGUGGCUCUAGAAAAGAACACCAAUAAACCCUUCUGCGGGGAUUGUCUUGUUGUAA